AUGGUUUUCAGUAAAGGUAUAAGUAAUUGUCCCGCUUGUAGGACUCCCGAGACUCCAACACGGACUUGGAAGAUUCCUAAGGGGGAUAACAAAGACAAGGACAGAACUGGAAGAACUUUUAUCUCAAAGAUUCCAAGUAGUCCUGGCUCAACGCUUCGCACGAGCCCGAUUGCUUUUGCCCUUGCUGGUCAGGUGAGUUUACGUUAUAAAGAUGCUCCUAGCAUUUCUUCAUCGGAUUCGGGCUCGACUGUUAGGGAAAAGAUCGCUGAGGCAAUGGCUACAAAUCAAUUUGCCAUUCCCGAUCGUGAUCUUCCGCUAUCUCCACAGGUUAAGACUAGAACAACUGCACCACAAAUGAGUAGUCCUCUCGCAAACAAGGGAAAGAGUUUGCCCACUACCGCUGUUUCGCCGCCUGAGCCCGUUAUCAUUAAGGGUGUCGUUUCUCAGACGGAAUCGCCCCUACUUGUUUCUGGACCAAUCGCUUCUCCUGCUGUCCCAAGUCCAGUACACACGUCUGACGCAUCGUAUACCUCUUCCACGCAUGCAUCAACAAAAGUCUCCACAGCACCCUCAACACCUAGUGCUACUCGCAAGCCCGAAGAAUCAUUUCCAUCACGCCCUAUACAAAAGAAAACUCAAUCAACACCACUCCUCCCAAAGCGACAUCGUUCCUCUACUGGGUCUUCUCGUCACGUUGUUGCAUCCAGCGCUCCAACCGAAUUCUAUGAGUAUCAUACCAUUAACGGUAUCAUUGAUCUUCCUUUCGCCUCCAAGAAAUAUUCCUCUGGAGAUAGCUCUGAAUACGAUUCUGGCGUUUCCGGCUCCGGAUCGACCUCCUCGUCUCGCACGUCUCUUAAAAUAAUCUACCGGGGCUUUUUGCAUAAUGUGAGGCCCAGAGUUCUGGGUGCAUAUAUUUUGUUCGGAGGUUCCAUCAUCUGGCUUGUUUGGAUGACUUCGAGUAAAAUACUUUCAGGCAAGAAAGGAAAUCCAGGUCGUAGCCAUGGUGGGAUUGGUGGACAUGUUCCUCCAUAUGAAAUGAGCAUUCCUAUAUUGACUCCAUCUUUUUCUACUCAUGGUACCGAAGAGUUUAUGCCUGUUGACGAGCCAUAUCUCACUACUGGAGGUGUCAACAAUCGUCAGGCAUUACAGAAUCCCGACAAGUCAUGUCCCAAUCCACCGUCGAAGUCCGAACCAGAAGAGAGCUUUUGGGAUACCUUGUGUGAAGUCUUUGUGGCUUUGGCGUGGCUAUUGGGUAUAAUUUUUGUCUUACGUUUUAUGCCCGUGCUGAUCGCGAAUUUACUUCUAUUCUUUUUUUAUGGUGGCGAGGCAGCUGAUGGAGAUUGGAGUGAGAAGGUGUGA